AUGGAUAAUAACUUUAUCGAUAUCGCAAAAUCAAUAAACAGUUUGAAAGCAAAGGAAGAAUUAAAUACGGAGCUCUCCCGUGAAUAUGUUGAUAGUAUUGUGCGGGAAAAUGUAAAAUUAAGGCAGGAUAAUGAAAAUUUAAGGGAGCGUUCUGAAAAUCUUUCGUAUAUUAUAUCAGAUCUAAACACUAAAGCUAAAAGAUUCGAAAAUGAGAAAGAAUCCCUGACUACAGCUUUCGGAAUGUUACAAUCAGAUCUAAAUGAGAAAUAUAAAGGGGCUGAUUGGCAAACUGUCAAAGGUUCUGUUAUAAAAAACGGUAGCUGUAAACAGAUGUCCGCAUCUAGUAUACAGGGUGUCCCAAAAAACCCGAAAACUAUUGAAAUCACCAAUAACAAUUUAAUUGUUAGAAUUUGAAUGCCUUAGCGCUCUGUUGGUUCCCACGAGUGCAUAAAUGAUUGACAUAAGUAAAUUUUAUGCACAAAGAAACUGUUUAAGAAGCUGUUUUUAAUUCCCAGGAGCAGAAAAUCGCGCACUUUACCAGGAGAUAUUCCUAACUAAAUUCUAAUACAUGCACCUUGUCAAUAUUUUACGCAUCAUUACGUCCAGCUGUUUGGUAGGGCAUUCAAAUUUAACAAUAAGUGAUUUCAAUAGUUUUCGUUUUUUGGGACACCCUGUAGAUGCUGAUAUCAAUCCGAAUGUCGAGAUUAGCAACAGUUUUGAAAGUCUAAUUUACGAAGGCGAUGAAGAAUCUGAUGAUCAAGAAAUUCCUAACACGACAAAAACAAAAGAGAAAUUAAGCCUUCAACAAAAGGGCUUUGGUAAGAAUCAAAUGAGCGAAUCUGAUGACAAAGCUGCUCAAUCGAAAGCCAACAAGCAGAGGUCACAGCAGAUUAAUCAGGAACAAAAGCAUAAGAAGAAUAAGAAUAAGAAACAAAAGGUGAAGAAUAACGAACAAAAGGCAAAGGAAAACGAGCAAACAAGAGAAGCGCAUAAGGCAAGUGAGGAAAUAACAGCAGAAAGACAACGCACUAAAGAAACGGUCGUUAUAGCUGGAGAUUCGAUUAUAAAAUAUGUAAAAGGUUGGGAAGUAUCCAACACUGACAGAAACGUAAUAGUUAAGUCUUUCUCAGGUGCAACAGUUAAUGAUAUGUCUGAUUUCUUAAAGCCCACUGCACGAAAGCAACCCGAUAAGCUCAUUAUCCAUGCAGGCACAAACAACAUACGCUAUUCAAGUCCUAAAGAAAUUGCAAAGAAAAUUAUCGAGUUAGUAGAGAAUUUUAAAAAGGAUUGCAAUGAUACUGAAGUCAUCAUCUCUUCUUUAGUCACUAGAUGCGAUAGAGAGGAACUUACAACGAAGGUAAAUGAGACCAACAAUAUAUUAAUUAAAAGUCAAGCUGCUUGAAGAAAAAGCUUGCAUUUUUAGACAAUAGUAAUUUUAGUCGCUCUCACUUAAAUAGUAGAGGACUGCAUUUAAACCGAGAAGGUAGCUCUUUGCUUCAGGCAAACUUUUCAUAUUUCUUAAGUUCGCAUAAUUGAAAUGAGGACGAGUCGAGGAGGAGUGCUAAUGAUGCUUGUUUAAAUAUUCCGGAAACAAGGGGUUUUAAGAUGGCUAUGCUUAAUGUAGUUAGCCUUCCGAAACACCUUGAUGAAAUCCGAUUAUUACUUUACGAUAAAUAUUUAGAUGUUUUAGCAGUUAAUGAAACCCGUUUGGACUCCACUAUUUCCGAUGGGAUUGUUAGCAUUGAAGGUUAUGACUUGCUACGUGCUGAUCGGAAUAGAAAUGGAGGAGGGGUAUGUAUUUAUAUAAGACGCCAUAUAAAUUAUGAAAAUCGCCCUGAUCUUGUUCCAACAGGCCUUGAAGCUGUCUGUGUGGAAAUUAAGCAGGCUAAUAGUCAAUCUUUUAUAGUUUCAAGUAUUUAUAGACCACCAUGUUCCGCUAGUGAAGUGUUUAUAAAAAUUGAGAGGCUAAUCAAAUCAAUUGAUGAUGAAAAUAUAGAAUUUUAUAUUUUGGGAGAUUUAAAUUGUAAUAUGCUAGAACCAACUUUGUCCACCACUAGAAAGCUUCAAGACGUUUUGGAAUUAUAUCAGCUUAUACAAUUAAUUAAUAACCCUACGCGUAUUACCCAGUCUAGCCAAUCAUUAUUGGAUGUAGUAAUUGCGUCAAUGCCUGAAAAAAUAAUUUUUUCAGGUGCAGUCCAUCUCGGAAUUAGUGAUCACAGCCUCAUUUAUAGUAUUCGAAAAAUAAGUACAAGAAUAAAAACUGAUUUGCAAGGUUCUGUCGAGUAUAGAAAUUUUAAGAAUUUCAAUGUUUCAGACUUUCUAUAUGACUUACAAAAUAUACCUUGGGAAGAAAUAAGAUUUAAAAAAAAUGUAGAUGAAAUGUGGCGGUUAUGGAAAACAUUCUUUGUAGAUGUGCUGGAUAAACAUGCCCCUGUGAGAGUAAAAAGAUUAAGAAAAGGGGGCAAUAUUCCUUGGGUAAGCCGGGAAGUAAAGGAAAAAUUAUUUAAAAGAGAUGCUCUUAAGCGUAAAGCAAUAAAGACAAAUAAAGAAGAAGACUGGAGACUAUACAAGUCAUCUAGAAAUGUUGCCAACACUGCUUUGCGCAGUGCUAAAAGAGAUUAUUAUGCAAACAAAUUCACAAAUAAUAAACAGAAUCCUAAAUAUGCUUGGAGAACAAUAAACGAUAUAUUAGGUCGAAACAGAAAACAGACUACGAUUAAUGAAAUUAAACUCCCAGGUAAAACUGUUACAUCGACCGACGAAUUAGUCGACAUUUUUAAUGAUCAUUUUAGUAAUAUUGGCCCAAAGCUUGCUGAGUCUAUUCCAAAUGACAGUGACGUUAGUUUUCGAGAUUUUAUUACUCAACAAAAAUCUAAGACAAAGAACAGUUUCUCAUUUCGACCAGUGAGUGUAACAUUGGUUUACACUCUUCUAGUUAAUUUGUCUACCACCAAAGCGACUGGAAUGGAUAAAAUUUCAGCUAAAAUUCUACAAGUAGCAGCUCCAGUUAUUGCACCUUCUCUUACUGAGAUUUUUAAUAUGUCAAUUGACUCGGAUCAAUUUCCUUCUGAUUGGAAAGCUGCAAGGGUUAUUCCAUUGUUUAAGAAAGGUCAGCGGUCCAUGUUGGGCAACUAUAGACCGAUAUCAAUCCUUCCUGUAGUAAGUAAACUUAUGGAAAGAAUUAUGUAUGAUCAAAUGUAUGAGUAUCUUAACCAAAAUAAUCUUUUCUCAAAACACCAAUUUGGUUUCAGACCUUAUCAUUCCACAACUACUACAUUAUUGGAUUGUACGAACGAAUGGUAUACCAACAUGGACCGUGGGCUGUAUAACUUAGUUGUUUUUCUUGACCUAAAAAAAGCAUUCGAUACAGUCGACCACGAAAUACCGUUAAGUAAGUUUGAAAUGUAUGGUUUCCAAAGGAAAGCAUUAAAUCUUUUACGUUGCUAUUUGACGCACCGAACUCACAGUUGUCAAUUGGCCAGUAUACUCUCGGUGGAGAAAGAAAUCAUUUGUGGCAUUCCUCAGGGAAGUAUACUCGGCCCUCUCUUAUUUAUUAUGUAUAUAAAUGAUUUGCCAAGCUGCCUAGAACGCACAACUCCAAGAAUGUUUGCUGAUGAUACUAACUUAACGGCAGUGGGCAGAACAAUUAGUGAGGCGGAAGAGAGGGCGAACGUAGACAUGAGGAAUGUUCAGAAAUGGCUUUGUGCAAAUAAACUAAGUCUAAAUAUAGCGAAAACCGAGUAUGUUUUAAUUAGAACACGACAUAAAAUAAGUAAUAUUGAUACCCAUCAAGGAGUUAAAAUAAAUAAUCAAUUGAUUAAAAAAGUUAAAAAUACCAAAGCUCUUGGAGUUGAAUUAGACGAAAACUUGAGUUGGGAAAAACACAUUAACCAUAUUAGCAGUAAAAUAUCAUCAGGUAUUGGGGCUAUUAGGAAAAUGAGGGAGUAUGUCGAACAAGACAUUUUGAUAAAAGUUUAUAAUGCCUCAAUCCAACCUUAUUUUGAUUAUUGCGUAUUAAGUAUGGGAUACACUUAAUAAAGGCCUAAGCGAACGUCUACAGAAAUUCCAAAACAGAGCGGCUAGGUUGAUCAUGAACUUAAAAAAUGAAUAUGGUCAGUCUAUUUUGGCACGAAAAUCUCUAGGCUGGGUAACACUUGAAGAGCGUAGGGCACAAAUGAAAGCCAGGCUCAUGUACAAGACAGUUAAUGGUUUAGCCCCCCAAUGACUAUGCGAAGCUUUCCAAAAUCUGAAUACCAUUCAUGACCAUAAUCUGAGAGGUUCUUCAACAAGGUUUUAUAUUCCAAGACCAAAAACGGAAUCCUUAAAAAAAAGCUUCCAAUAUAGUGGGGCUAAACUAUGGAAUCAGAUACUGAAGAGAUACGCAAUUCGGUAUCGUAUAAUUCGUUCUGUAAAAAGCUAUCUUCAGCUCGACCUUAAUCUCGACUUAAAGUAGUAGUUAAUUUUUUGUCUAAAUAGGUAUAUAAUUGUAUUUGUUAUGUAUGUAAUAUUAGAGCUAGUAUAUAAAUAAUAAUUUGUAAGUACACAUCCCUUUUGGAAAUCAGCUUUUGCUGAAAAGGCCAAUGUGUUUAAAUAAAGUUUAUCUAUCUAUCUAUUUAUCUAUCUAUCUAUCUAUCUAUCUAUCUAUCUAUCUAUCUAUCUAUCUAUCUAUCUAUCUAUCUAUCUAUCUAUCUAUCUAUCUAUCUAUCUAUCUAUCUAUCUAUCUAUCUAUCUAUCUAUCUAUCUAUCUACAUGGUGCAUCAAAAAAGAUAAUCCAACUUCAGCGCGCUAUUGCACCUGCGUAUGAACGAGAUUCGUUACCAAUUUGACAGCCUACCCAUAUUAACUCUUCAAUACAUGCAUGUAAAGUGGUGUUUCCCCAUGUAUAACACUUACUGAAACCCACUAUAACCAAGGCAUUUUUUAACUGUAUAAACUCUUUUGUCAGAAAGUUGUCCCAUCUUUUGCUGUCAGGUUAUGAAGAUGUCCCAUCUUUUCUCAGUAACCAGUGGAAGCUUAAAAGGAGUCUUAUAUUAUUCUUUACCCCACAACGCAGGCGCGGGCGUAAAUUCCGUAAAAUAGUUAAAGUGCCUAUGUCAUAGUUUGGGAAUUAGUCUAUUUAGAUAGUUUAGAUGAUUUUAAGAACUUUUGCAAUAUAUUUUAUAAUUCGAAAAUUUGAUCUUCAUGGACUUUCAGGGGCUCAAAGUUGGCCAUUUUUUGCUUAACCGUGAGUGUAAAAGGACUAGGGCGAGAGUGCCUAUAAACGCCGGACGUGACGUCAAACCGGGAACUGAUCAAAACAAAAUACAUAUGAUUUGCUACAGUUUCUUGAUAAAAUCAUGAUAAAAUCGAGUAUAAAUUAGAUGUUUCUGGAAAUUUCCUCGAUAUUUCGAUUGGAAUUUAAUUGGACUAUAUCCUUAACCUUCGGUUAUCCAACUGACAGGCAAAUUGGGCGAGAUACUAAUUUUAUGGCUGAGUGUGCAGGUCAAACACGUAUACGUUGAUGCUAAUCUAUCUUGAUUUUAUAUACAGAAAUGUCGGGACAAAACGGCAAGGAAUGUAGGCUGUUGUUAAACCCAAUCCAGGAGAAUCUAUUCUCUUUGUCAAUACAGGCCAGAUUGGAAAUUAUUGUGGGCAAAACACCUCGUCCAGGAUCAAUAGAAGUGGCUGAAACCGCCGGUUUGCUUUGAAUUUGGGCGUCAUAGCCGCGUCAGGAUGUACCGUAAAUAAUUUUGUGAAAAAGUAGGUAAUACGAAUUUUAUAUGAUUUAAAAAGAGAAACUCUGAAGGCAAAGUGAACUUGUUUUAUUAUAUUGACAUGUAUUCAUGAAUUACUGUAAAUUUAAAGUUGAUAUUUGAAUAAAUUCGUGAAUUAUUAUUAAACUAGUCUUGCAAAAUCGCCUAAAUGUAAGAUGUAUUAUAUUGUGUUCUACGAGGUGUUCUAAUUGACCAUUUGCGUAAUAGACUAAAUUUUGAUCUAGACAAAAAUUUCAUCACAGCUUGAAAGAGCAUCACAAAAUUAGUAAUAUUCCAAAAUUUGGUUGCGAAAUGUUGUAAAAUGUGGAUAAUAUAGCCUUGCGAAGUUUGCAAUUUUCAGUCAUUUUAGAUUUACAAACGGGAAAUUUGUCGCCCGAACGCUUUGAGCCGUCAAUUUCCCGUUUGUAAUCUAAAAUGACUCAAAAUUGCAAAUUUCACAAGGCUAUAUUAUCCGCAUUUUACAACAUUUCGCAACGAAACUUUGGAAUAUUACUAAUUUUGUGAUGCUCUUUCAAGCUGUGAUGAAAUUUUUGUCUAGACUUGUUUAGAUCAAAAUUUUGUCUAUUGCGCAAAUGGUCAAUUGUGUUCAUGAACGUCUGGUAUUUCUAUAAUUAUAUUGGAACGAAACAUUAUUUCUUUUUUAAAGAAAUAUUUUCUUGUUUAAAAUAUGACACAUCUUUAUAUUUCUGAUUCAUGAAUAAUAAAAAUCACUUUCUUAAUUAUAGUAAACUAUAAUCAUUUUGAAAAUUAUAAUAUUCUAUUGAGUUUGUAUUUUUUCGACAUUUGACCUUGUCUGCUAGCAAAAUGCCUAAUGUAAACAAAGCAAGCGAAGGGGCCUAUUGUAUUUCAUGAUUCGCCCAUUUCUGGGCUAUGACAUGUCUUUACCAUAUUAUUUGUCCUAAAGACCUAACGGAUUUGAUUUCUAAAUCAUAAACAUCUAUUCUUUAUAAAGUUAUAGUAAAUUUUUCAUUAAAUGUGAAAACAUUUUGAAACACUUGUUCUUUGUAUUAUUCAAUUUAUUUGAGGUGCCGAACUUGCCAGUUUGCAAAAAUAUGCAAAUAAAACAAGGAAUUUUAUUAUAUUUAUAAAUUAUAAAAUGAUAUUAUAUAUGGUUAUGGGGUGUGACAUUAUUUAUUCAUAAGUUAUGGAUCAUUUUGGCAAAUUACGACAUACGAAUGUAAGUAUAAUCCCUGGAAAUUAUCUGGAUUGACCCAUUGCCUUGGCAUUGCUUUGUUUACAUUUGGCAAUGAAAUGGUUUCAUCUGUUAUAAAGAACUGAACAAGAUUUUCAAAAUGACAAGACAAGUUUGUUCUAUUUAAGCAAGUGAUUUUUACAGUAUGAUUCAAGAAAAAAAAUCUAAAUUUAAAGCAAUGUGACCCAGGACCAUAAAUACAUUUUAUUCUUUCUUUGUUUAUGCAUUUUGCAGGCAAAACUAGAAUCGCGACUUUAUUCAAAGAUCAAUUUUCUCUUGCAUACCUAUCAGUAACAAUAGAACAAGUUCAGUUUGCCUUUGGAGUUUCUCUUUUAGUUUUAAAUCACAUAAAAACCGUAUUUAAUCACCUUCUCGCCAAUUUUAUACGACACAUUUUGACGUCCAAAUUCAAGCAAACCAACGCCUCUGACUCUGUGUAUUGAUCAGUGGACGAGGCGUUUUGUUCACAAUAAUUUCCGCCAUUCUGGCUGGCAUUGACAAAACCGAGGGCAAAGCGAAUAUAUUCCACUGGAUCAGGUUUAACAACAGCCUACAGUUCCUUGCCGUUUUGUCUCUAUUUCUGUAUAUAAAUCAAGAAACCGAGAUAGAAUAUAUAGCAUCAGCGUAUAUGUGUUUGACCUGCACUCUCAGCCAUAGAGUUAGUUAUCUCGCCCAAUCUGCCUGUCAGUUGGAUAACCGAAGGUUAAGGAUAUAGUUCCAUUUAAAUUUCAAUCGAAAUAUCGAAGAAAUUUCCAGAAACAUCUAAUUUAUACUCGAUUUUGUCGAGAAACUAUAGUAAAUCUAUGUAUUUUGUUUUGAUGGCUUCCCGGUUUGACGUCACGCCGGCAUUCUCGCCCCAGUACUUUUAUGCUGGCGGCCAAACGCUCAAAAUAGGCAAAAUCGCCAACUUUGAGCCCCCGAAAGUCCAUGAAGAUCAAAUUUUCGAAUUAUAAAAUAUAUUGCAAAAGUUCUUAAAAUCAUCUAAACUAUCUAAAUAGGCUGAUUCCCAAACUAUGACAUAGGCACUUUAAGACAAUGGUGUCAAUGCAGCUAUUGUUUUUGGAAUAAUAUGUAGAUAUAUCUUGGUGAUUAUGGUGAAAACGUUUGUGCCAGAUUCAUGUGCGCACUAUGGCCUAGGGAAAGGCGGUAUGCAGAAAAAUUUUUUGGGAUCACUUUAAGGCUUGGUUACCAAGCACUGAGCUAUAAAUACAAUGGAUAAUUUGUUAUCAUUACGUAAUACGUAUCGCGUAAUAAAGUAUUGUAUUAUGUAAACAUUGGUAUUCAUCUUUAAGCCUGUAAAUGAUAUUUAAAGUUCGUUGUUGUGGUUGUUCUUCCAAAUCUUGCUUUGUCUACAUUCGCUGGCGAACAAAUUUCGAACAAAUUUCAACAAAGAUUGAAAUUUCAUUUCGAUACUCCUAAAAAUUCUUUGGGAUAUAAAUUACUUAUUGCUUUCUAUUUGACAGAAACUCGGUUUUAUAAUAUCAUUUCAUUUGGCAAGUAUUUGUAUUAGGUUUUAGAAAAGAUUUUGAUUUGUCGUAAUUUUAUACAAUGUCAAUGUACUAGUUAGUAAAUAAUACCAAGAUCCAACUUGGGAACAAUAGUGCAAUUUGCACCAGCUUCAGCCCCUGAUUCAUCAUUUUUUGAAUGUAUAUAACAAUUGCACAAUAGGAUAGCAUGAUGCUGAAUAUCAUGAUGUAUAUUUUGCCGAAAGCAGAGCAACAUUCACAGUAGUUACCGCAAUAUUCUAAACAAAGUGAAAUAUUUUAACUGUAAAAAAGAAGACCCCCUCACUCAUGUCACAAUAUGUUAUUAGACAACCAUUAUAAGGCACUUUAGUGUCCAUCAUAAAAUUCAGUUACUUAUCAGAUUGUGUUACUGUUUGCGUUUUAUUGCUUUAUAAGCUAUAUAAGCUAUAUACUUAGAGAAAGUAUUAAAGGUAACGCUCAGUGGUCCAUUGCACAUAUCAACAUAUAUAGCUCAGUGCUUGGUAACCAAGCCUUAAAGUGAUCCCAAAAAAUUUUACUGCUUGCGGAGGUAUGCAGGCUCAGAGUGUCCUCUAGCUUCUUAACGUAUUUGUUUUUAUAGAGUACUUUCAAAUACAAUUCCGCCUAUUGGACGAACAAAACAACUUACAAUGACACUGACUAUGGGCGAAACGGCGGUUUAGACAACGGGCAAUAUAAAGGAUCGACUUACUCGGCAACCUCAUUUGAAGAAAUUUGUGUUGGUAUGAAAUAUGGUGGUAAUUUCAGAGCAUUCUCUUUCCGGUAUCCGGCAUCAUCAUUGUAUGAUUUGAUCGCAGACGGAAAAUAUCGACAAACUGACGUCAGUCGCGAGCAGUGGAAAGGUUUAAUCAAAGGAUCAUCCUUACAGAUGAGUUGCAAUAGACAAGGAUACAACGUGCUAGGUAAUGUCAAGAUCCUAAAUCAUGAACUAUUUGUAAAAGUUCGGUUGGGCAUUGUUGCAAACGAUCAAAAUGAAUGUGAUUCACCAGACUCUUUCGUAGGCCUGGGAGCUGGAGGUGGUCUGAAUUAUCCCGAGACAUGGUGCUCUGAUUCAUAUACAUCUGUAAACGCCGCGGGUAAUCUUGCCAAGUGUGGAGCAGACAACGGAAACAAGAAUGCCAGAGCCAUGGCAUACAUAUUGGUUCGUUAAAAAAACUGAGUGGUCCGAUUUACACUAGAGAUGGAUGAAUCGUCAAAACGCAUCAUCUGUCAGACGGAUCAUUUGGUCAUAUGUUGCACGAUGCAAUAUUUACUGCAACUUGCAAUGCAGUUUCGGGGGAUAGUCUCUAUAUGGCGCGGGUCGCGAGUCAAUAGAAAUGGCGCGAGUCCAGCGAAAAUGGCGCGAGUCCAACGAAAAUGACGCGGGUAACAAUUUCCAAGGCGUGAGUAAAAAGUUCCAAGGCGCGGGUAAGAAGUUCCGAGAUCAAUUGGCCGGUACUUAUAUUCAAGAUGGCGGCUAUUUUGACUAAAAGUUCUGCAAUAUUCGGUCAAAUAUCGUCUCAUUCUGUGGAAACUCUGCGAGCUUUGAAUUAAACUAACAGACAUCAAUUAACUUAAGUAAAUCACGUUUCGAAGCGUUAUAUUUUUAAACACAAAGAGAGUGGACAGUUGGACCAUUUGGACGGAGUCUGUCGCUGUCACUGUCAGCAUAUUUUUUUAUUAUUAUCAUCACAUUUUUAUUGAUUUAAUUAUAUGAAUGCAUCUUAUAGCCUGGUCAUUGUACAAAAAUUGUCAGAUAGGCACUUUCACACUCAAUUUAUUAGAUAUUAGCAUGUACUUCGCCCUACUUUAUGCACCAGUCAGUGGUUUGCCCCAGCGGGGGAAUCGGGUUUACCCACAGGAUUUGACAUUUUGCUAGAAAUUUCUGUCAAUUUCCCCAAUAUGGGGCGACCUAACGAAGGCAACGUGCGUCAAUCUACCGUCAAUGUGCGCCAGCCCUAAGAUGCGAGGCUAAAAUUUUCAAAUUCCUGACCCUCAGGCUCAGGAUGCAUGUUAUUGUCAAAUCUCUGUCCCAGGGGAUACCCCCCCCCCUGAGGCAAUCCACUGACUGGUGCAUAAAAAAUUUACUCUGUACUAGAGGUGCGCAAAUGCAAUCCGAAUCCGAUCGGGUUCGUUCCGAUUUCGGAACAAAAAUAUUUAUUUCGGAUUGGAUCGGAUUGAUAAAGUUGUUCCGUAGUCGGAUUGGAUCGGACUUCGAUAUUCGAAAUAAAGCCGUCGCGAUGAAUUAAUUAUCGACGACAACGGGGCUGUCGCUGCAUUAUAUUAUUGUUUGAUUAUUCAAUUAGACUUCACUUUGUUAGCUUCUUGACAUGUAUUUCUAGCUUUUACAUUUAUUUGGUUAAAUAUUUCCACUUGAAUAUGAAAAACAUAUUUUAUUAAAGGAUUCUUCGGAUCGGAUCGGAAUUCUUUAUCCAAACUCGGAUCGGAUUCGGAUUAGACAGUUUCGUAUCUAAUUUUAAACAUUAGCCAAUUGUCGGAUUAUAAGCGUCCGAUCCGAUCCACACCUCUACUCUGGGCUGUCAAAUGCCAGACAAUUUUACUGAUCGAUAUCAAACUGAUCAUAUAAUUAAAUUCACAAAAAUGUCAGGAUAUGUGAAUACAAUCAGGCAAUUCACAAACUAUUAAAUUUUGAUAGUGACCAAUGGAAUAAAUAACUGACAGACUCCAUCCAAGUAUUCCAUUUCCAACUGUCCUGCGUCCUGACUGUCCACUCUCUUUGUAUUUAAAAAAAUAUGCUGAGUAUAUCGCCUCCAAACGUGAUUUACUUAAGUUAAUUGACGUCUGUUACUUAAAGUUUAAAGCUCGCAAAGUUUCCACAGAUUGAGACGAUAUUUGACCGAAUAAUUGCAGAAUUUCUAGUCAAAACAGCUUUCAUCUUGAAUAUAAUUAUCGGGCAAUUGAUCUCGGAACUUGUUACCCACGCCUCGGAACUUUUUGCUCACGCCUCGGAACUUGUUACCCGCACCAUUUUCGCUGGACCCGCGUCAUUUCUACUGACUCGCGACACGCGCCAUAUAGACUAUCCCCAGUUUCUGCAUGUCACAGAGCCUUGCUAGCUAAAAGAUUGGAAAUUUCUGCGCAUGGUCCACGGUUUACUCUGCCAGCAUUUUUCAUCCCGUUUCUUUCAAGUUUUGGCAGAAUAGAAUGCGGGUCAUUUUCAUCAUUUCUCUGUAGUUACGUUUCAGAUGACAUGGCUCACUCAUUUGGCUCUGUAUAUCUGAAGUUGCAGCAGAAGUUGCCUCGCUUGACAUGGCCUUAACGUUUAGUGUAAACACUAAAGGCAAACCAUCUCUAGCAUAAAACGGGUCAUUCGCAUUAGAGAUUCAUUUAACAUAUUCGCAAUGGCUAAUUAGUAUAGUAAAGGAAACUAGAUGAAAUCACAGUAAAUCUUCAAUGUUAGGGGACUAUAUAAUCAUAUAGUUAUAAUAGCACGAUAUCAAUUUUUCUUUAAGUUGAUGAUUAUCAUAUAUAUUUGCUUUAUUUUAAUCAACAUUUUUCAAAUAUCGAGCAAUUUUCAGAAUUGCAUCGUUAAAAUCUUGGCAUUGUGAAAUGCAAUCAAGGGUUGGUACUUUAUGUAAUCUAAAUUGAAGUGUAGGAACAUGUAAUCCAAAUGAGGUAAUCUUAAUUAAACACAUAAUCGAUCAACUAGUGUGCUGAAACCAUUUAAAAUAAUUUAUGUUUAUUUCAUUACUGUAGUCGAUAGUCAAGCUUCAUGCAAAUAUCGAACUGACUGAAACAAUAAAGAUUAUGUCAAUGCUUUUAAUUAAAUGGCGUAAGCCAUCUAGAUAUAUAAAAAUAUAUAUGUCGAAAGUCUAUUAGGCAAAAAAGCCUUGGGUUUCUGGUUUCCCGACUCUACUUAGCUUAUGGCCACUGAAAUCACCAACCCUAAUCUCUCCAUCUGAAGUAAAGUAACACGUAAAUUUAUUAUUGCAGUAAAUUUCAUAAAUUUAUUCUGUAAAUUUAUUAAAUUUAUCACGUAAAUUUAUUAAUUACUUUUAAUUUAUUAAUCUUAUUAUUAUUAUUAUUAUUUGUUACAUUAAUUUAUUUAUUAUUUUUUAUUGCUAGAAAAUGCAUUAAUUUUUUAUCGAUUUGAGAGCAAGAAGCUGAAGUCUGAAGCAUAGAAGGGCCACUUACGUCGGAAGCUUUGAAGCUUCUGUCCUCGCGCAUGUCGCAUUAUACGCAUGUUGGCCGAUACGUUGCACCGCUGAAUGGCCCUUUUGUUACUGAUCUGUAUUCUCAGUGUCUCAAGUCUGAAGUCCCUUCACGGCUUCUGUAAGUUCCGUACAUAAGGGCCAUAGAUAUAUCUGCUUUGUUGUUUUUUCAAAUUCCAACUUUUUUUUAAUUUUCGACUUUUUUUCCAAAUUUCGACUUUUUUCAAAUUCCAACUUCUUUUUUUUUUAAAUUCCGACUAUUUUUCACACUCCAAUUUUUUUCGAAUUCCGACUUCUCUUUUUAUUCCCGACUUUUUUUUCGAAAUCAAACUUUUUUAAAAAAUUCGGAAUUUGAAAAAAAGUUGGAACUUGAAAAAAGUUGGAAUUUGGUUCAAACAGUUGUUUGCCUGUCUAUUGAUCCCUGACUUUAAAUUUUACUUUUAACAUUCAGUUGCCACAAGACUGCCUAAUAGAUGUUAUACAUCAUGGCGAUGUAAGUGUUGAGCUACUUCUGCUAUAGGAGUUACUACACAUCGUAUUAAAUAACCGCUGGAAAUCCUUAAAUGAUAACGAAUGAGAAAUACUAAAAUUAAACAUGUGCAGAGUAUUUUAAUUUUUCCGCCAUUCAUGAAAAUAUAUUCUAAACUAAUUAUAUGUUUAUAUCAAAUGAUACUUAUAUAUUUACUAAAUAACAUUUUCUGUAGUAGUGUAUUUGAAUAAAAAUAUAUAAACGUUACUCAUUUUAGAUUACGUACAAUGCCAUAUUAAAAGCGUCGGAUGAACAACUAAAAAAUUACCUUGGUCUCACAAGACUUGGUGAUCGUUUGUCCAUACGAUUAUUCUGUGAAAAUCACCACUGCAAGAAUGGUGGAUGUUCUAAAGCAGACACUGAUUUAAGAAAGAAAUAUUUGAUGAAAGAGCUAGCAAAGAAACGAAACAAAAAGGAAUAA